CACGGCCUACUCGGAGCUCUCGGCGGUUCCUCCGAAAAAUACAUGGAAGGGAUACGUACACAAAGAAAGUCACAUAUAUCGUUGCAUAUAUGUGAAGCCUGUGUUGAUGCUGCUGCCGUGCUGUUUGCCGUACGUUCAGUGAGAAAGGAAGGACGUAAAUAUUAUUAUUGUGUGAUCGUGCGAUUGUUAGAUACGCAUAAGGCCUGCACAAUGAAUAAAAAGAAAGCAGAAGAAGAAUUAAUAAAAUUAAAAAAACAAGAACAAGAAAUAAAAAAAUUAAAACAAAAAUAUCAGGCCGUAUUGGACGACAUGCCCAACGACAGCGAUUACCACGGCGAUGAGGAAACUGACGAAGAAAG